UUUUUAUUUUUUUUUUUUUAAAAAAAAAGAAUGAGUAAGGAAAUUCUUUUAGAAAUUAAUAAGCAUGUAGCAACGAUAACUUUAAAUAAGCCAGAACGUGGCAAUUCAUUAACACUUUCAAUGAUAAAUGAAUUCCUUUCAAUAUUUCGAGAAUUAGAAAAUAAUUCUUCUAUUAGUAUAAUAAUUAUAACAGGGAAAGGGAAAUAUUUUUGUACAGGAAUGGAUUUACAACGAACAAACAUAACUUCCACCCCUUUAACUUCUUCCUUUUCCAAAAAUAACAAUAAUAACAAUAAAAUUGAUUCAAUUGAAAAUGGUUCAUUAAAAACCUAUGAAAUAGGAACAUUAUUUUAUAAUACUAUAAAAUCAUCAAAAAAAGUUAUUAUAUCAAAAAUAAAUGGACCAGUAUUAGGUGGUGGUAUAGGAUUAAUGUUUGUAACAGAUAUAAGGAUAUGUAAUGAAAAAAAUUUUUAUUUUUGUUUUAAUGAAGUUAAAGUUGGAUUAUUACCAGCGAUUAUAUCACAAUAUAUUGUACCUGAAUUAGGAUUAUUUAAAACGAAACAAUAUAUGUUAACGGGUGAAAAAAUUUUUACUAAACAAGCAUUAAAUGAUGGAAUUAUUAGUACAUCAGCAACUGAUGAUAAUGAUUUAAAUAAAAAAGUUGAAGAAUAUACUAAAAUGUUAUUAAGUAGCGCACCAAAAGCCAUGGGUAAAAUAAAAAAAUUGAUACAAAUUAUUAAUAGUACUGAUAUUAAUGAUGAUAAGAAAAAAGAUUUUAUUAAAGAGCAAUUUAUACAAAUGAUGAAUUCUGAAGAAGCUAUUCAUGGUAUAAAAGCUUUUAGUAUGAAACAAAUACCUGAUUGGUUUAAAUCAAAUAUGUGAUUAAUAGACAUAGUUCUUGAAGGAAAAGAAAAGAAGAUUUUAAAUUUAAACUCACAUUCUCUCUCUCUUUUUUAUUAUAAUAUUUUAGUUUCAUCUCGACAUGUAUAUUUUUACUUUUUUUAAAAUAAAAUCAAAUAUAUAUAUAUAUAUUUUU